UACCCCAGAACCCAAUAGUCUUUUGGAGCAGACACUUUGGUUUUUUUUAAUGCUAGGAGCCAAAUUACCUCAGGCCUCCACCAAAGUGUUGAAAAUAAUGAGCCUUUCAGAUUAAAAAAUAUCCAUUCCCCAGAGCGUCUUGAAACUGGAUUUCCCUUGUUUCCUGAAAAGAACUCUGACAGCUCCCCCUCCACUGCUCCUGCCUGAAAAGUCACAUGGGCAGCACACCUAGUAGAGCCACUUACUCACAACUCAGAAUCAGAAGCAGGUUUAAUAUUACUAGCAUUUGUCAUGGAAUUUGUUGUUUUGCUGCAGCAGUACAUUGCAAUACAUAAUAAAAACUAUAAGAAAUAUUACAAAAAUAAGUAGUGCAAAAAAUUGAGAUGGUGUACAUAGGUUCGUUGUCCAUUCAGAAAUCUGAUGGUAGAGGAGGAGAGGUUUUUCCUGAAUUGUUGAGUGUAUGUUUUCACACUCCUGUAACAACAUCUUAAAGGUAGCAAUGAAAAGAGGGCAUGUCCUGGGUGAUUGGGGGCCCUUAAUGACAGAUGCUGCUUGCUUUUAUGGUUUUUUUUGAGGCAUCGCCUUUUGCAACUGUCCUCCUUUUGCCUAUGAUGGAGCCAGCUGAGUUCACAAUUUCUUGCAGCUUUUUCCAAUCCUGAACAGCCAUCCCUCCAGACUAGAUGAUGAUGCAACUAGUUGGAAUGCUUUCCACAGUACAUCUGUAGAAAUUUGUAAGGUAUCUUUGGUGAGAUACCAAUUCCCUCAAACUCCUAAUGAAAUGUAGCUGCAGUCAUGACUUCUUUGUAAUUACUUCAAUAUGUUGGACCCAGGAUCAACCUUCAGAGAGAUGUUGACAGCCAGGAACAUGAAAAUGCUCACCCUUUCCACUGCUGAUUCCUCAAGGAGAUUUGAGCCCUUACAGAACAGUCCUCAAGGAUAAUGCUGUGCCAACCUUGUUUGACUUGACAAGUCAUCUCAAUAAACCUGAAGGCAAACACAGAAAGCACAAGAUGAUAAAAGAGCUGAGUGAGGAAGAUCUGCUGAGGGUGAAGGCACCAAGAACUGAUGGUGAUGUCCUGAGAGGUCUACAGUGCAAACAGGAUGCAAUCAACGAAAUGGAAAAAACAGACCUGGAAGGUGCAACAGAAAACAUUGAGGAAUCUCCUCUUAUGGAAGAAUCUUUGAACUUAACACCUGAAGAGAAAGGAAAUAAAGAAUUUCUCAAAGUUUUAUUUGAAACUAUACUGCUCUUGGGGCGGCAAAAUGUUCCAUUGGGAGGUUCUGUUGCUGAAAAUGUACAUAAUUUGUGCAAUACUCCCGAUAAUGUUCAAGCACUGUUGGAGUUCAGAAUGAAUGCAGGUGAUGAAAUGCUACGCAAGAGGUUUGAGGCCACCGCAGUGAAUACAGUCUAUUGCCCAAAGAACCUACAAAAAGACCUCCUGGAUAUUUGUGAAAUGUGCAUACGGGAAGAGGUGCUCAGAGAAGUACGUGACAGCAAUUUCUUCUCCAUCAUAACUGACGAUGUGAUCAAUAUAGCAGGGGUUAACCAUGUUUCCCUGUUGAUAAGGUUUGUAGAUGAAUCCGAUUCACUGAGGCAAGAGUUUGUUGGGUUCAUACCAUGCGAGUUAAAUGGAGAGUUUUUAGCCAGUCGGAUCCACGAGACCCUCACAGAAAAAUGGGGACUGAAUAUGUAUUACUGUCGCGGGCAAGCCUAUAAUGGCUCUGGGACUAUGGCAUACAAAAAGCAAGUCGUUGUAGCUAGCAUCUUACAACAGUGUCCAAAGGCUUUGUGUACCCCCUGCUCAUUCUACCCACUAAAUAUAUGGAUGGCAAAGUCCAGCUUGAUAUUUGGUAUAAACCUGGUGUUAAGCUUGAUGGAAAAUAUUGUCUCAUUUUUCAGUUUAUCAUCUCAGCUCCAAAAGAUUUUUGAAGUUAGCAUCAACAGUGUAUAUCAAACAAAUGAGAAAUUGGCAAAAGAGCUGAAAAAGCUUUUCCAAAUCAAUUGGUAUGAAAGGCAUGACACUUUUGAGAUUCUGGCAGAUCUUUAUGAAGUGUUGGUGACCUGCCUGGACGAGAUCAGCUAUGAUACAUGUGGUAGGUGGAAUGCUGAGAUAUCGACCCAGGCCAGUAUGCUGUCAUCCACCAUGCGAGAUUUUGAAAUCGUUGUGUCUCUAAUGGUCUUGAAGAAUGUCCUCUCCUACACAAGAGCCUUUGGCAAAAACCUCCAGGGUCAAGCUUCAGACACCUAUUUUGCCUCAAGCACUUUGACUGCUGUCCUCCAUUCGUUGAAUGAAAUGAGGGACAAUAUUGAAGUAUACCAUGAAUUCUGGCUGGAGGAAGCCACCAACCUGUCCUUGAAAAUGGGGAUUGAAAUAAAGUUGCCAUGGAGGUGCCGUCGGCAACCUCAAAAUGAAGAGGUGUCUGAGGAGACUCCGGAAAAUUACUACAAAGAAGCCAUCACUGCACCAUUUCUAGAUCACGUAAUUUUAGAAAUUGAGGAGAUGUUCUCAGAGCAGCAGUUAAAGGCCCUCAAGUGCCUGUCGUUGGUGCCCUCUGUUAUGGCACAGCUUAAGUAUAACACCGGAGAGGAAAACAUGGCUGAUCUGUAUAAAGAUGACCUCCCAAAUCCAGACACCCUUUCAGCAGAAUUGCACUGUUGGAAGAUAAAAUGGAAGCACCGUAGCCGUGACGUCGAACUACCCAGCACAAUCUCAGAGACUCUUCGUCACCCAGACAUCAAGUUCUUUCCAAACGUGUACACUCUGCUCAAAAUUGUCUCUAACCUCCCAAUCAUCAAACUUGAAACUGACAAGUGUGACGUUGGCAGAAAGCGGCUUAAAGCCUACUUGAAAGCCACUCCAGUUGAGGAGCGAAUGGGCAGUCUGGCACUGAUCCACAUCAAUUACGAUGCAAAGCAUGACUAUGACACAAUGGUGGAUACCUUCGCAAAGUUGUACCCAGAGAAAAUGCAGCUGCCGCAUGUGACAGAUUCAGAUAGCGUGGAAGUAAACAAUCAUGGUGGCAACAGAGUAGAAAUAAACAAUUUGGGUACAGGUGCUGCUCCAUUGUACGAGGUUGAUGGUGACUGUGUGGCACUGGUGAGUGGGAUAGUGUUGCAUCACCAGUCGCCAGGAACGAUCCUGGAGGCCUGCCAGAACCCAGGCAAGAAUGUCAUAGAAGUGACCCAGCACCCAGUGGGGAGCACUGUGGAGCUGCAACAGCUUCCUGUCAGUGGCACCAUGAUAGUGACCCAGCAUUCGACAGAACACCAACCUGAAGUGCCCCAGCAGGUGGGGAGCAACGUGGAGGUCCAGCAGCAUCACAUCGAGGGAAGGGUGGUGGAGGUCAUCCACCAUCCGGAAAUGAAUGGGGCAGGGCUGCAGCAUCGCUCAGAGGUGAAUGGUGUGGAACUAGAGGACCAUCAGGAGGAGGUUAUUGAGGUGAGCCAUCAUUCGGAGAUGAGAGCUGUAGAAUUUGAAUCAACAUUGGAGGAGGGUGGCAUGGUGGAACUGGAGCACCAUGUACAAGGCGUUGCUGUGGCGCUACAGCACCAGGUCGACGGAAGUACAGUGGAACUACAGCCUGAAAGCAGCACAGUGGAGGUACAUCGUCCUGAAGCAAAUGCUGUAGAGCUGAGCCACCACACAGAAGAGAGUUCUAUGGAGGUUGAUCAUUACCCAGAGUCCAGCACCACAGGCUUGCAGCAGCAUCUGGAGCCCAGUGCCAUAGAACUGCAACACCAAAUCCAACCAGAACCCAUAACCACGGAAAUCUUAUGCCAUGCAGAGACCCGAGCAGAAGCACAGCACAGCCUGGAACCUGUUGCUGUGGAGGUUCAGCAUCCCCCCGAUCCCAGUGAGGCAGAGUCACAGCACCAUCCGGAGCCAAGACAUCCAGAGCCUGCUGGUACAGAUAGACAACACUGUUCUGAACCUGUAGACAUGGCCACCCAGCACCCCUCAGAGCCUGUCCCUACAGACAGAGAGCUCCACUUAGAGUCCACCUCUUCAGAGGUACAACAGCAUUCUGAGCCCAGUGCCAUAGUAAUUCAGAGCCACCCAGAGGUUGUUGCUGAAGAGAUAGAGCACUAUUCUGAAUCUGUCACUGAAGGAUCUAAUGCCACUGUAAUCCAGAACUAUCCUGAGCCUGUCACCACAGUGAUACAGCAGCAUCCCAAGCCUGUUACUGUGCAGAUACGUCAGCAUCCGGGGCCUACUGUAAUGGUAAUCCAAAGCCACCGAGCGUCUACAGUCACAAAUACUGCACCCAGUGCCUUGUUGAUCCAGCAACACCCUAAGCCCAUCACUACAAAGAUACAGCACCAUUCAGAGACUGGUGCCAGAGACAUACACCAUCACCCAGAACCUAAUACACUAGAAUUGCAGUCACAUCUAGGAUCCUGUGAAGUGGUUGAGGUUGCAGAGAUUGUGGAAUCCAGCACAGUGGAGCUGGAGAACUGUUCAGAGGCAGUGGAAAUACAAGAGCAUCCAGAAGGAGGCACAGUGGAAGUGGACAGUAUGAGUGUCUGCACUCAGGAUGUUCAUGAAGGAAUAAGUAUUCUGGAAGUUAAAAAUUCAGAAGAAAGCAAUGCAGAAACGAACAUUUCUAGUGUAAGUAAUGUAAAUAAGUCUGAAGUAGCUGUACAAUAAAAUGAUUCUUUGUCCUACUUUGAGUAAAUUUAAUGCAUCAAAAUCUCUGAUUGGGCAUGUUUAAAUGAAGACUCUUGCAUGGCUUUCCUCAGAUGUCCAUUAAGAGGGAAAUAUCAUAAUUCUGGAGUACUGUCAUUCAUUGUCAUAUUAACAUCUCUCUGCACCCACCUUUCCUUCUUGCUUUGCCUUACAAUAGGAGAGAACUUCAGUGUCCAUCUACAAUUACUUCUGAUUUUAAGCAUUGGUGCCCUGGGCCAAAAGGAAAAAAUGAGAGAAUCUUGCCAAAGACCCAUUUACAUGAAAGGCCUGCCCUGUGAUUAUCCAGUGCUGUGCUCUCUACUGAUGUGUAGUUGUUAAGUUUAUAAAAAGCUGAUGUCAGAAAAGGAACUACACUAUUGAGUUACACAUGAACGAUGUGUUUGUUUAUGUAAAAUUCUGUGUUUUAAGUAUAUAGCAUCCCUGCCUAGGUACAUUUAGUGUUGAAUUCGAGCACCUUGAGCUGUAUGACUUUUCUUCAGUGCUUUGUACCAGCUCAGCUUAGAAUUACCAGGCUUACGCAGUCAUGCACUGUGUUCUGAGCAAUGGCAGGAGCUUCUGUUUUGGUCCUUUUUCCCCAUCUACUCCUCUGCCUACACUGAAUGUUCUAAUUAGUCUGCAGAUCACUUGACUGAACCUCUUGUUAUCCUGGUAACUGUAGCUCUGUGUUGCAAUAUCCAAUCAGACUUGCCCAAUAAGGUUUAUUUUUCUCGCAAAUGUUUCCACGUGAGAUAUUUAAACUAUAACAAUAACUAUUUUUAAACAUCUCAUUCAUUCUACAUUGUAUAUUUGAAUAAUAAUUAAAUAGACCAUCCAGAGUGGGACCACUGUCUUCAAACUUUUUGGAAAUUUGUGGAUACUUUCAGAAGUGACUGGUACAUUUGUUACUUUUCCAUCCUUCCACCAGUGGUGUUUGACACCAUCAAAAAGGUUAAAUGUGAGGAGAAUGUAUUUUUGUCCAUGUAAGACCUAUCCUUUUAACAUUGGGGAAGAUCUUGCAUCUGUGUGCUGGAUAACAUGUCAAGACAACAAGAGUUACUUAAAAUCUUGGUCACUGGGUUUUCCAUGCACAUGUUCUCAUUACUGUAAAAAGCCUAGAGAAUUAUGAUGUUUGGUUAUUUGAGGUGAAUGGCGCAUUUGGGGAAGGAAGGAAGGAAUCUUCAAUUGAUGAAGUAUUUUGAUUGAUUAGAGUUUAAUUAACUUCCAUAUUGCAGUGGGAAUUGAUCUGAAAGGUUUGCUAAAAUAAUCACUGGGAGAAGUACUCCUUGCUCCCUCAGCUUCCCUAGCUUAAAUAUCUCUUGACAAUUAUAUGGAUAUAUAUUCAGCACUCAUGCAAAAUUAACCAUUUGUCCAACAAGGGGUUUGGUGGAGUGCAGCUAAUUAUUCAAAUAUAUUCAAAAUGUGUCCCUUAUAUUUUGAAGUUGCACCCUGGAGUUUAUUUGAAAAAUUAUUUCUGCAAAUUGAAUGUCUUUUUCCAUCUUGAAUAAUUUUGUUUAAUACUUCCAUCUGGGGAAAUUGUUCUUCUUUUUUUGCUGUUACUUUAAUUAAAGUAUUUGGUUUUCUUUACAAUGUUCCAGGUGCAAGUGGAGUAAGCAACUGAGCCCACUUAAUGGCCAUCGUUAUGCCAAGUUAAGAUUAUAUGCAACUUCCCAGUUUAUGAUCCAGGGUAGAAUAGGGAACAUAGUAAGAAAGUAUGGGAACUGAGGUGUGCACUAGGUGUUCACUGUCGAUAUUGACAUUGCAGUGAUUUCUCCAUGUCUGAUCACAUAGACCAUUAAUAUACUCAUCCAUACCGGUAAGCUCACUGUGAAAUUGAGCUGCUGUUUAUGGGAUUAAUUCCCAGCAUGAUUCUUGUUGAUAGUUUAAAAAGAACAAAAAUAUAUUUUCUGUCAAAUUAUAUUUUCCUCUUAGAGUUUUCCCAUAAUCAUUAGUUUUUCAGAUCUUGACAAUUGACCACCAGCAAUGUGGAGACCUUUGGUGUAUUUUUCUAUUAAACCAACAUAUUGAACCAGUCCCUUGGUUGGUGUUCAGAGGAUUGUAAACACAAGCUUCAAAUAAACUUCAAAUUUAGCAGUUCUAUUUCCUCAGUGUUUGAUGUUGGAAGGGAAUAGAUCAGGUAAAGAGACCAGAUAGUGUGCAUAGAGAAGUCCUUUUGGGAAGCCCCUGUACCCAUUUCUUGAUGUGAACUUGGUGCUGCAGCAGUCGUGGCCAAUGCAGUUUUGUUGGUGCUGCAGUCAGUCAUGGCCCAUGCAGUUUUGUCAGUGUUGAAUUUGAUCUUAUCCUUGAUUUUUAUUACCACUAGUUCAAUAGACAAUAGGUGCAGAAGUAGACCAUUCAGCCCCUCGAGUCUGCACCGCCAUUCUGAGAUAAUGGCUGAUCAUUCACUAUCAAUACCCAGUUCAUGUUUACCUCAUUAUUAUUAGGGGGCAGGAAGCUUGACUGUUUCAAUUUAUAGAGCUUCAGUGUCUGCCCAGAUAGAUGUCAGUUGACUGAUCAGAGAACAAAUGUUAAAUCUGGGACCAAAUAUUGUCUUGUGUGGUUCAUUUUUAUUCUAGUCCACAAGAGGGAGCUCCUUUCACACGCCAGUGAAUUCUGAGUAUUGAAUUAUAAAUCAGUAGACUGGGCUUUUGAAUGCUGUUUUCAGUGGGUUGGUUGAUUCUUUCAUUUCAUACAGAUCUGCUUGGUUUAAUUUAUUAACCUUUUCUGUCAUUAUAAACAGUUCACUUCAUCAAUGGGCUUGGAAAUCUAACAGAAAGAUUCCAUUUGCUGUUUAUAGGUAUAGGUAUCUUAUCAUUCACUUGUUACAAUGUUAGUUUCAUGAAUACCUGCUUGCCUAAUGAUAAGAGUCAGAAAUCAAUUUCUGUGAAAUAGUUGUUGAUCCUCAAAAUUAGACUUGCACUCUAUUGAAAUACAGUUGAAAGGCUCCCUAUAUCUAAGGUCAAAUUUAUAAAAUAAGACCCAUUUGCAAGUUGUUUAAACAGAUUGGUGAUGUGGAAUGAUUCCUUUGUAAUGUUCUUUACAGCCUACUUGUCAAAGAUGUUUUAAAUUAAAUGGCACAGGCAUUUUCUGCACCUGCACAAUGGCUUAGCAGGUAAGGCAACACUUUGUGAUGGAAGCAGACAAGGAAGGCUCAUCAUAUUUUUCAUUCAGUUGAUUAAUUGACCAUAGUUCUAACCGGAGUUCUCUAAUUAUCUCCUGCAUUCUGCAUGGGAAUUGGUUUAGCUAAGGUUUUUCCAUUUGUUGUCUAGGAGUUGCUUAUUGAUUAUGAUGGGUGUUAUUCUGCCUUAAGAUACCGUCAAGGCUUCUGCUUAAAUGAAGGCAAUUUGUGAAAGGUACUGGAAUGAAUAUUUAAAUGGUGUAUAAUUUGUCAAUUUCAGGACAAGAUGCCAUUUAUAAGUUUUUGUGUGUGUAAAUACUCCCUGUUCAGAUUAAUGGUAGGGUGGGAAGGGUUGGGUUUGGUGUGGUGAUGAUGCUGGUUCUCUUUCUUAUUGUUAGUAGUUAGUGGCAGAGUACAGCAGUUAACUGUGAGAAGGUUUACUUGUUCACUUCUGAUAAAUAUAAGGCUGUUUUUAGUUUCAAGCAGAAAAAAAGGGAAUAUCCUGGUGGGGGUAAAAUUUCCCUCUCCCCCGCCCCUCCAAAAGAGGCAUUGAAUUUGAUCUCUGCUGAUGUUCUUAGAAUGGGAUUUAUUUCCCCCAAGCACGUUGUGCUCCCUUCAAAAAUGGCUGAUUUUUUUUUCCCUUGCACCAACACUAUUAGCUUUUUACUUCAGAAAUAAAAUAAACAGCCUUUAUUUUCAAAUUGCAAAGCUUGUUAGCUUAUUGGUAAAGUUUGUUGGUCCGUUUUGUCUUUUUAAAGAAAAUAUUUCAGAAACAUACUAACAGCUCCUGGUGUAUGUAUCGGUGAUCAUUUGUGUUGGUACUGAUGUUUUCCUUAAGAAUAGCGAGCAAGUUCAUCACUUUACACACUGUGAGGGACAUUUCUUGUAAAUGCUUUGCUACACAUUCUGUACUUCAGUGCACCAGUGACCCUCUCAUUACAAGUACUUGAGAAAAACCUGCACUUGUUUAAUCCUGUAACUUUUUUCCAUUAAUUAUUAAGAACUUUGUCGGAAUUGUUGCCAUUUGUGGUACGUAAAUGCAGUGGAAUAAGUCAUACUUUCAUGUUCUGUCUUAUGUUCAGUGUUGCAAAGAACUAUUGUUACUUGGGCUUAUUUCUGCAGUCUAGAUGUUGAAUACGUGCAACUGUAUUUUACAAUAAAUUGAAAAUUUAGAA